AUAGAGUGGAUAAAGUAAAAUUUCUUUUGUAACUUGGCGUCCCAAAACCUAUACAUCAAUUUAUGCCUAAAACCCACAGCACUUCUUCACGGUCCCCUGCGUUUAAAAUCGUAUUACCGACAGCAAGUGAAAGCAACACCAAAGCAUUUGACACUUGUAGUCGGAGGAGCUAGCUAAUGUUCAGCAUGUCUGAAAAGGAGCUUGGGAAAAAGUGGGACCGGUGCCUGGCAGACGGUGCCAUUAAACUUGGCACUGGGCUGGGGUUAGGAAUCGUGUUUUCUGUUCUGUUCUUCAAACGGCACACAUGGCCGAUUUCAUUCGGCUCAGGAGCGGGACUUGGCAUGGCAUAUGCCAACUGUCAGAAUGACCUGAGGUCCUUUUAUUUGCUGCACAGAAGCAAAAAGGAGCAAUAGCUGCCAGUCAUCGAGGGACUGUCAUUGUUUUUUAAAUUUUUUUGACAUAUUUUUGUUGGUUUUGUUUUGUCUUUGUGAGAGUCACCAUUUGCACUGUUCUACAGUUAGAUUAAUGUCUUCCGGUUGAACGAUCCAUCCUAGUAUGACUCUUGUUUGAUUUGAAUGUGCCUGAUCAGGACAGCCUGUGUAUAUUUAAUAAAAUAAUCAUCAUCACGACAAAAAA